AAAGUCACCAAUUAUAUGUAAUAAUAUGUGGUUAAAAUGCACGUGAUCUAAUUUCACACUAAAAACAUUAAACAAAUAAAUAUUAUAUUAUAUUAUUCAUAGUACCUAAUAUUAUUGUAAAAUAUUCCCGAUGACCGUAUGCGAUAAUCUGGGCAACGUUGACGUUCGGUUGUGACAUCAGAUGCCGUAUGCAGUUUUGAUUUGAAUAAAUCUAUCGGUAACUCUACUCAAUUCAAAUAAAUAUACAAAUAUAUAUACAAGGUGUAUCAGAAAGAUAUGACAACUCCAGCCCUAAAUUAUAUUUUAAUGUGUCGGAUCAUCGUGAUGCACGCCGUAUAUUACAAAAUAUAAAAACAGUGUACUUUCAGACUAAUGAGGAUGAAAUGGUUCAUGCACAUAUUUGGAUUUUUCACGUUCGUAUUGGUAUUAUUUAUGAUUCUAAGUUAUAAAUGGCACCAAGAUAACUCUCACAUUGAAAUUAACAUCCAAAGACUAACCAAAUGUAUACAAACACUAGAAAAGCUGCGGUUGGUCAAUGAAAAAUUAAACGCUGAAUUUGCCAACUUAAAAGAAAAAAUAAGAAUCCAGCAGAGUAAAAAAGACUUGAGGGACAUUGAACCAACUGCCCCAUCAAAAGAAUACGAAAUUCUACGACGUCGUAUUUUUUCGAACACUAAAGAAUUUUGGUAUUAUAUAAAUUCUGGAUUAGAAUCAUUAGUUAGAUCGACGAAAAAUGAAGAACAUAUUUAUAAAAUAAAAAAUAUGGUCGGCGAACACUAUCGAUCUUUAUUAAAAGACGUUUCCGGUUUGGCUGAAGUCGACAACCAUUCGACGUGGAGACAACAAGAAUCUGAAAGUUUAAGUAAUUUAGUUCAAAGUAGAUUAGAAGAGUUACAAAACCCACCCAACUGGUUUAUAGCAAAACAGCUAGUUUGCAAAUUAGAAAAGAGUUGUGAGUUCAAUUGUCAAUUACACCAUGUCGUAUAUUGUCUUAUCGCCGCGUACAAUACUCAAAGAAUGCUAGUUCUAGACUAUGAAAAUUGGGUAUAUGGUGACAUAUGGCAAGAUGUUUUUCUUCCAUUAAGUGACUCAGAUACUUUGUUAAUAAACGCAUCAGUUGUUGAAUGGCCUGGCGAUCAAAACUCUCAAAUACUUCAUUUGCCCCCAAUUGAUUUAAUUCACCCAAAACCUAAUUUCUUACCACAAAUUAUACCUAAUGACUUAGCUGAACGGUUAACUGUCUUACAUGGAGAUCCUAUUGUCUGGUGGAUAGGACAAAUUCUUAAAUACUUGCUUCGGCCACAAGAAUCGACUAAUUAUCGUUUAGAUAAUUACGCAAAAAAACUCAAAUUCCAAAAACCGAUCGUCGGAGUACACAUUAAGAGAACAGACAAACUCACAAGUGAAGCUACUUUACAUACGCUAGAUGAGUACAUGGUUCACGUCGAAGAUUAUUAUAAACGAAAAAAUCUGAGUGGUGAAGUUAAUCAAAAAAGAAUUUAUUUAGCUACAGAUGAUCCAAGUUUGUUUGAUGAGGCCAAAAGCAAUUAUCCCGAGUACGAAAUAAUCGGUUCUGUUGACAUAUCUAAAACAGCGACCGUGAAAAAUCGAAAUUCUAAAGAAGCUUUAGAUGGUAUAAUUGUUGAUAUACAUUUUUUAUCACUCAGCGACCACUUAGUUUGUACUUUCUCAUCUCAGAUGUGUCGGAUAGCUUAUGAGAUAAUGAACAGUCUCUAUCCCGAUGCAUCAACUCGGUACACAUCAUUAGACGACAUAUAUUAUUUUGAUGGUCAAUACCAUAGGUUAAACGAAGCAGUGUUAUCCCAUAAGGCUAAUAAACUGUACGGAAUAGAUUUACAAGUAGGAGAUCAAAUCUUUGUGGAUGGUAAUAACUGGGAUGGUUAUUCCAAAGGCAAAAAUUUAAGAACGGAAUUAGUGGGUCUUUAUCCUACAUAUAAAGUUAUUCCGAAAAUCGAAACAGCAACAAUUAAAGGUGAUAAAAUAAAAAAUAUCAGAAGAUAGUUAAAAUAAAAACAAUGAAGUGUUCUUGCCGGCAGGUAAUAUCAAUUAAUACUACUAUAUGUGAUAUUUUUGUUACGUGGUAUAAAAUUCUUUUAAAUAAAUAUUAAUAUAAUAAUAUUAAUAUUAUUACAUAAUAAUACUUAGAAAGAUUAAUUUAUAUAUAAUAUAUUAUAUUAUAUUACUAUUAUUUUUUUAAAUAAAUGAUCAACGUUUUUCAAAGAUCCCAUUGAAUUCUAUUAGAAAUUUUGCUAAAAUCAACCAACGCAAUACAUGUCUAACAUUAUUAUUGUCUGAAUUACAUGUGUCCUAUAUAAUUCAAAUUAUACCUUUAAUUAAGUAAUGAGUACAACAUAGAGGAUAUAAUGUUUUAAUUUAAAACGAUGAAAUCAUCUGAUUCAAAAUGCAUUUGGUAAGUGGUACAAGUGGUAGUCCUCGUAGACAUUUAGACAUAUAAAAAACAGAAGUAUUGUGAAGAUAAACUAUAUACUAGAUAUUUGUAAAUAAAAAGGUUUGUUUAUAGGUUAUUGCUUUCGUCAAAAUUAUUUUUUCUUGUUUUAUCUUUAUAAAAUUAUAAUGUAUUUGGCAUAUUAUAUUUGUAUUGUAUUUUAUAUCAAAUGAUACAGAUCGUGUCUGUAUUUUUUUAAAUAAAAAAAACUGUAAACAUAUAA